AUGGCAAGCUACUUUGAUGACCUCAACAUCAAACACAAUGAUCGCAAGAAACCCCGUUAUGAUGCUAAUCUAGAUGACUUUAUGGCUCCAUCAGGAUCGUCUCAUGUUCAACCUGUCGAGUCUAUGCAGCAAAUGCUACAGACAGCCACAUUUUUUGAUCAGUUUAGGCAACAAAUGGCAAACCAGGGGAAUGCUGAUCAGGAGCAGUUUUUAGAUAAUAUCGUUUCUCAACUCCUUGAGGAAUCCCAAAGUGAAGCAAAGGGACCACCUCCAGCAUCCCAAAGAUUCAUUGCCAAUCUUCCAACCGUCAACAAACGAUCUUUGGACAAAGAAGAGACAUGUAUUAUCUGUAAAGAUAUCCUAUACACAAGUUCAACAAAAGUAACACGAAUGCCAUGUGGACAUCACUUUGAUGAAGAUUGCCUUGUUCCUUGGCUUUCACUUCACCAUACAUGUCCCCUGUGUAGACACAAAGUCGAGUCUGAGCAGGUGGCAAAAGAAGAAGAAGAAGAAGAAUCAAGAGGAUGGAUGUAUGGUACUACUGUUAUGGCAUAUGGUAUAACACUAUCUAUUAUGAAGCCAUUAUUGGCUUUUAGGAGUCUCUAUCAUUAUAAUUUGUUCCUAAAAAACACAUAUUAUUGA